AACAACAAAGACUGUAUCACCCCAUCCACCCCAGUUCCACUAGAAAAGACAAGAUGGACCUCUCUAUAGCAGAAGUCAUCCAUAAAGAUGACAAAACUCAAGGCAAAGUCACCACCGAAAUCGAGAGUGAUGAAGAGCCGCAGUACGAGUGGCUUCUGGCUACGCUAGCAAAGAAACAGCCUCCCUCCGAGACGACCACAGCCAACUCGUCGAGCAGUGGAUUGUACCAACGCGAGUAUGCCAUGUACUUGGAGAUUUUCAAGGCGAACAUCGCGAAGAAGGGUAUCAACGUUCUACAAGUAGAGGAUGUCUUCCAAACACCCAUCUGGCACGACGGCAAUAUCCUCUUCUUGGACUACAAUUCUAGUUCAUCCUCCUCCGUACUAUCCACCCACGAUACUACACACGAUACUAUACAAGAUGCUACACAAGCUGCUACACAAGAUAGUCCCGAAGAUAGCGAGCUUCAUAUUUACCAAGGUUUCAAUACUGAAAAGUAUUUCUUCGAGCUCAACUUUCACUACUACCGCUACAAGGACUGGUUCCGCUGCAUGGUGGACUCGUUCUGGGGCCCGCAAGUUGCAUCGGUCUUCGAGAUAAUCCAUGCCAAUCGUCCCUUCAUCCAGGUUGCCUUCAAGAAGGGUUGGAACUCCGCAGAUGAGCGAGAGCAAUACUACGAAAACGUGAUGAUGUUCUUGCAUAUUGUUGCCCGCAUGCGCCCAUUGGAGGGACUCGGCCCCCUUACGGACAUCUUCGGCUUCAGCCUCGUUACCUUCUCAGCCAAGAUCAUCACUCAGUUCGAGACGGUUGAGCGUCUCGGAAUCAACAGACCGGAGGGUGUGGUAAACCAGCCCAUGAAGUUCGUUGUCCGCCAUCGUUUUGAGGCAUGGCGAAGCGUAGUCGUCACCAUUAAGGAUUAAAAAAGUGAGAUCCCUUGCGACUCGGAAUGAUACUAGUCUGGUCAAAUUAGGGGGGAAGGUAUUGCUUGGCUGGAUAGGGGAAAUACUUCGAGAGCGUCGCGAGACGAUAGCAAAAAAGGGGCCUAGGUACCAUAGCGGAAAUGGGGG